UUUCCAGUCCACCAGCCACCAGGCGUCGGCCACGGCCAGAGCCAGACCACCACCCGCGCGGCACGUCGCGCCGGCCGCCUUGGCUUGCGGACGGCGACCCUCAUAAACCCCGCUUGCCAAGUGCCGCUCUCUCCACGCCGACGCACGAAGCAUCCCAGUCUCCGUCGUCCGUCCCCAUCCCGAGCAAUAAAACUCCGCCGUCGCCAGCGCCAGCUCGCUACCUCGCUUCGCGCUCGCCGCCUCCGCCGCUUCUACUAGCUACUACUCCGGACUAUACUACUCCAGUUGUUGUCCCCGCCGCCUCGGUUCGUUCGACGCAUCCGAGGAGGAGGAGGAGGAACCAGAACAGCAGCAGCAGCAGCAAGCGGCGACCACGAAACCCCGCCGCCCACACCCACAACGAGCCUGCAGCAGCAACCUCCGCGCGCGCGCGCGGUCGGUCGUUCCCGACUCCCCAUGCGGCGGCGGUUGCCGCGGCGCCUGGGGUAGUGGCGCGGCGCCGGCCGGCAUUUCGCGAUCGCGGCAGGGACAGCGACGGCGACGAUGGGCCUCGUGGGCGGCGUCCUCGGUUUCUGCCUCGGCGUCCCCAUCGGCCUCGCCGCCGCCUACUUCGUCUACCUCCGCUACUUCGCCGCCGCUCGCCGCCUCCAGGAUCCUGUCAUUAAACCUCUACGAGAUUUAGAUUCUGAAACCCUGCAGGCAACAAUACCAGAUAUUCCAUUAUGGGUGAAGAGCCCAGACUAUGAGCGGAUUGACUGGAUGAACAAGUUCAUUUUUGACAUGUGGCCUUUUCUGGAUAAGGCAAUAUGCAACAAUAUAAAACGUGCAACGAGGCCAAUAUUUGAUCAAUAUGUUGGACAAUAUGGUAUAGAAUCAAUUGAAUUUGGGCAGUUGACACUUGGGGCUCUUCCACCUACAUUUCAAGGCAUUAAAGUUUACGAAAUGCUAGAAAAAGAGUUGGUAAUUGAGCCUGUGAUUCGGUGGGCUAGCACUUCAAAUGUAACAGUGAAUGCAAAGGUGCAUUCUUUCAAAGUGACGGUUCAGCUUGAAGAUUUGCAUAUAAUGCUAAAACCACGUGUGACUCUGAAGUCACUUGUGCCAAGCUUUCCCUGUUUUGCUAACUUGUGUGUUUCACUAAUGGAAAAGCCACGUAUAGAUUUUGGAUUCAAAUUGUUGGGGGGAGAUGUCAUGGCUAUACCAGUCUUGUAUCAAUAUGUUCAGGAUCAGAUAUCAAAGCAAAUCUCAAUUUUGUAUCACUGGCCUAAGGUUAUACAGAUUCCUAUCUUAGAUGGAGCAAGUGGAGCUACAAAGAAGCCUGUUGGAAUCUUGCAUGUAAAGGUAAUUAAAGCCCUGAAUCUUCUCAAGAUGGACUUUCUUGGCAAAUCUGAUCCCUAUGUCAAGAUGCGCCUGAGUGGUGAAAGACUGCCCUGGAAGAAAACCUCUGUUAAGAUGAGCAACCUGAAUCCUGAAUGGAAUGAACACUUCAGGUUCAUAGUCAAGGAUCCUGACACUCAAGUCCUUGAGCUUCACAUGUUUGAUUGGGAAAAGGUUAAGAUGCAUGAUAAACUGGGCAUGCAAGUAAUUCCCCUCCGCUUGCUUACACCUUACGAGAGCAAGUUAUUCACACUCGACCUUGUUCGAAGCAUGAACCCAAAUGAUCCGCAGAACAAGAAGAAUAGAGGAAAGCUCAUUGUUGAGUUGACAUUUGAUCCCUUCAGAGAAGACAAUAUGUCUUCAGAUGGUGAAGGUAAUGCUAGUGUAAGAAGGGAAGCAGACGGUGAAUGCAGUGGUGGGGUGCUGUUGGUUUCAGUAGAAAAUGCAGAAGAUGUCGAAGGGAAGCGACAUACUAAUCCGUAUGCUGAGGUACUUUUCAGGGGAGAACGAAAGAAAACAAAGGUCAUAAGGAAAACAAGAGAUCCAAGAUGGAGCGAGGAGUUCCAGUUCAUGGUAGACGAGCCUCCAGUGGAAGACAAGAUCCACAUCGAAGUUAAAAGCAAACGCCGUGGACUUCCCUUCCGCAACAAGGAAUCGCUGGGGCAUGUGAAUAUAAACCUGGUGGAUGUGGUGAACAACGGCCGGAUCAACGAGAAGUACCACCUCAUCAACUCGAGGAACGGGAUGAUACACGUGGAGAUCAAAUGGAACACGGUGUGAUAACCACUCUCCUUUUGCGCUCGUGUGAUGCAUCUUCAGCUCGUGUAAUGUCCCAUAUGUAGCUGUUAGCUUAAAAAUUGUAACAUCAAUGGGAUACCAAGAGGAGUGUGACUGGUUUGUGAGUUGUUGCUGUUAUUAUAAGCCGAUCAGGGCUUGUUUGGUCGCUUGCACUUGCAGCCUUGCGCUGGAAACAUUUGGUGAGGCUUGAGUACCAAA